CAGAGCUGCACCAGCUCCAGACCACACCAGUCUCAGCCCCAGCAGGACGUCAGCAGCAGCUUCACAACGAGGACCAAGCAAUCAAUACUUUCCCUGACUGGACAGCGGUGCCAUGGGCUUUGGGCCAGAGCUGUGGUGCCCGCAGGGGCACACUGCACUGCUGCGGCUGCAGGAUGGGGAGCUGCAGCUCCUGGAGCUGAUGAAGAAGUGGAUGUCACAGCGGGCCAAGAGUGACCGGGAGUAUGCAGGGAUGCUGCACCACAUGUUCUCCCAGCUGGAAAAGCAGGAGAGUGCUUGGCAGCUCCACAGCGACCGAAGUGGUCAGGUUGAGAAGUCCUGGUGGGUGCUGGUGAGCCAGACAGAGACGCUGAGCCAGACCCUGCGGCGGCACGCGGAGGAGCUGGCGGCGGGGCCGCUGGCCAAGCUGAGCCUGCUCAUCCGCGACAAGCAGCAGCUGCGCAAGGCCUUCAGCGAGCAGUGGCAGCAGCUCAGCCAGGAGUAUAGCCGGACGACGCAGCAGGAGAUGGAGAAGCUGAAGGCACAGUACCGCAGCCUGGCACGUGACAGCGCCCAGGCCAAACGCAAGUACCAGGAGGCCAGCAAAGGUGCCAGCCUGGCCCCUGUCCCCUGCCUGACCUCCCAGCUUCCCUCGUGGCAUGGCUGGAGCACCCUGCCCUCUGUGGGAACUACAGCCCAGCCUGGAGCGGGUGGGGGUUCUGGGGUUGGGCAGCGUAGAGGGGGGAGAGCUCAGGGGGCCUUGGGACCCCACGCUGUGGGUUGGGAAUAUCCCUGUGUCAGUGUAACCAUCCCAGGCUUGGUCCCCCUGCCUGCCCUGGGGGCCUCUCCCAGCCCUCACCCUCUGAGCCCUGCCCCAGUGCUGGGACAGGUGAUGUGCUUGGGGUUUUCCACAGCUUCUCUCCACAGACAAGGAGCGGGACAAGGCGAAGGAGAAGUACGUGCGCAGCCUCUGGAAGCUCUAUGCCCUGCACAACCAGUAUGUGCUGGCUGUGCAGGCAGCUGCAUUGCACCACCAGCACCACUACCAGCGGGUGCUGCCCAGCCUGCAUCAGUCCCUCUACGGUCUGCAGCAGGAGAUGGUCCUCAUCCUAACCAGCAGUGCUCCCGCAGAAAGGAGAUCCUCAGAGAGUACUGCAGCAUCAGCAGCCUAGUACAAGAGGAUAUGCUGGCCGUGCACCAGGAGAUUGCCAGUGCCAUCCAGGCCAUCGACCCUGCCACUGAGUACAGCAGCUUCAUCCAGAGCCACCAGUACGAAUCUGAGGUGCCACCAGCUGUGUCCUUUGAUGAGAGCCUGCUGGAGGACACAGAAAACUUGGUGCCGGGGGAGCUGCAGCUGAACGAGCUGACCCUUGAAAGUGUCCAGCACUGCCUGACGUCGGUUGAGGAGGAGUUGGUGGCCGCCACAGAGGCUGUGAGUACCAAGGAGCAGCAGAUGCAGGAGCUGAAGGCACAGAUCCACGACGAGGAGCAGGGCCGGAGCCCCGCGGAGCGGGUGCACUUGUUGGGCAGGCGACAGGGGCUGCACGUGGCACGGCAGCAGCUCGAGGGCUGCCUCUGUGCCCAGGCCAAGCUGCAGGUGCAGCGGGACCUGCUGGCCAGGAAGCUGGCAGAGCUGGGCACCAGGGACCCCCUGCCCGCCCUGCCCAUGCCAGAGGAUCGGCAGUCCGUCUCCUCCACUGAGCAGGAGCGGAGUGGGACCAGCGCGCUGGAGACCCUCAAGAACCACAUCACGGGCAUCUUCAGCCCAAAGUACUCGCUGCCGCCCCCCGUGCCCCUAAUCCCCGACGUGCAGAAGCCGCUGUGCCAGCAGGUCUGGUACCACGGGGCCAUCCCACGUUCGGAGGUUCAGGAGCUGCUGACCUGCAGUGGGGACUUCCUGGUGCGGGAGAGCCAGGGCAAGCAGGAGUACGUGCUCAGCGUGCUGUGGGACGGGCAGCCCCGGCACUUCAUCAUCCAGGCUGUCAACGAUAUGUUCCGGCUGGAGGGUGACAGCUUCCCCACCAUUCCGCUGCUCAUCCAGCACCUCCUGCAGAGCCAGCAGCCCAUCACCCGCAAGAGUGGCAUUGUCUUGGCCAGGGCUGUGCCCAAGGACAAAUGGGUGCUGAACCACGAGGAUGUGCUGCUGGGGGAACGCAUUGGUCGGGGUAACUUUGGGGAAGUGUUCAGCGGACGCCUGCGUGCUGACAACACCCCCGUGGCUGUGAAAUCCUGCCGGGAAACCCUUCCACCUGAGCUCAAGGCCAAGUUCCUGCAGGAAGCCAGGAUUCUCAAGCAGUACAGGCACCCCAACAUCGUGCGGCUCAUCGGUGUCUGCACACAGAAACAGCCCAUUUACAUUGUCAUGGAGCUGGUGCAGGGGGGGGACUUCCUGACCUUCCUGCGCAGUGAGGGUCCCCACCUCCGCGUGAAGGAGCUGAUCAAGAUGACAGAGAAUGCUGCUGCUGGCAUGGAGUACCUGGAGAGCAAGCACUGCAUCCACAGGGACCUGGCUGCUCGCAACUGCCUGGUGACGGAGAGGAACACCCUGAAGAUCAGUGAUUUUGGAAUGUCACGGGAGGAGGAGGACGGCAUCUAUGCCUCCACAGGGGGGAUGAAGCAAAUCCCUGUCAAGUGGACGGCCCCUGAAGCACUCAAUUAUGGCCGAUACAGCUCAGAGAGUGAUGUCUGGAGUUUUGGGAUCCUGCUGUGGGAAGCCUUCAGCCUGGGUGCUGUCCCCUAUGCCAACCUCAGCAACCAGCAGACACGGGAGGCAGUGGAGCACGGUGUGCGGCUGGACCCUCCCGAGCAGUGCCCUGAGGAGGUGUACCAGCUGAUGCAGCGCUGCUGGGAGUACGACCCCUGCAAACGGCCCAGCUUCAGCACCAUCCACCAGGAUCUCAUUGCCAUCCGCAAGAGGCACCGGUGACAGAGAGCACAGGGGCCUGGACCCAUCCCGUGGCAGCGCUUGGGGCACAGCAGAGCCCGUCUGGGCAGCGGGUACUGCAGGGUGGUUUGUGGUGCUCGAGCCCCAGGGUGGGACAUGGCCCCCACAGCUCCUGCCCGGCUUCAUUUUGUACAAUAAACACACGAGCUCUGCACCUAGGAGCUGUGAGA